UUACCAUUUCAGCUUUAACUUUACAAUGAAAUAGACGUGUUUUUUUUACUCGUGCGCGCAGUUAAUUUAACAGAAAAAAAGUAGUUUCAUUUGUUCAAAUAUCCAAAACUAAGAAAAAAUCAAAUUGACGGCGAGUUUGUUGGAUUCUUUGUCGUCAAACUUGCGAGUGUUUCAUUCAUAAAAAAAAUAUAAAUUGUUUGGAUUUUAUAUUUCACAAAGGAGCCAAUUUGUGGAUAAAAUAAAAUUGGAAUUUUCCGUCAAAUAGUUAAAUAAAAAAGAGUGAGAUAAAAAUGACAGAAACACAGGAUAUACCUGCCACCGCUCAGGAUGAGCCAUUUUUGGGAACCGUAGAUAUUGUUUUAUUGAUUGCGUUGCUGGUUGGUGGACUCUAUUGGUUGUUCAGACGCAAUAGAAGAGAAGAAAUGCCAGUACCCAGAACAUAUGCGAUACAACCAACCCAAAUGAACACAGUCCAAUCAAUGGACAAUUCGUUUAUCAAGAAAUUGAAGGCAUCUGGACGAAGUUUGGUUGUUUUUUAUGGUUCACAAACUGGAACUGCUGAAGAAUUUGCUGGUCGUUUGGCAAAAGAGGGUAUUCGUUAUCAGUUGAAAGGAAUGGUCGCUGAUCCUGAAGAGUGUGAUAUGGAGGAAUUGUUGCAAAUGAAAACAAUUGAAAAAUCGUUGGCCGUUUUUUGCUUGGCCACAUAUGGUGAAGGUGAUCCAACUGAUAAUGCAAUGGAAUUUUGGGAGUGGAUUCAAGGUGACGUUGAUUUAGCUGGUCUCAAUUAUGCGGUAUUUGGUCUUGGCAACAAAACAUACGAACAUUACAAUAAAGUCGCCAUUUAUGUGGACAAACGUUUAGAGGAAUUGGGUGCGACUCGUGUCUUUGAAUUGGGACUCGGUGAUGAUGAUGCAAACAUCGAAGAUGAUUUUAUUACAUGGAAGGAACGCUUAUGGCCAACCGUUUGUGAUUACUUCGGUAUCGAAAGUACCGGUGAAGAUGUGCUGAUUCGUCAAUACCGUUUAUUGGAACAGCCAGAAGUCGCACCAGAUCGUAUAUACUCAGGUGAAGUGGCACGUUUGCAUUCAUUGGAAAAUCAACGACCACCAUUCGAUGCCAAGAAUCCGUUCCUUGCAACAAUGAAAGUGAAUCGCGAAUUGCAUAAAGGUGGCGGUCGUUCAUGUAUGCAUAUUGAAUUCGACAUUGAAGGAUCAAAAAUGCGCUACGAAGCCGGCGAUCACAUUGCAUUGUUCCCGACAAACGAUCGUGAUUUGGUUGAACGUUUGGGUAAAUUGUGCGAUGCCAAAUUAGACACAGUGUUCUCAUUGAUAAAUACUGAUUUGGAAAGUAGUAAAAAGCAUCCGUUCCCAUGUCCAACCACUUACCGUACAGCGUUGACUCACUACAUUGAAAUCACAGCUAUUCCACGUACUCAUAUUCUAAAAGAAUUGGCCGAAUACUGUUCCGACGAAAAGGACAAGGAAUUCUUGAAAUUGAUUUCAUCAACAUCGCCUGAAGGAAAGGCACAAUAUCAAUCAUGGAUCCACGAUGCUUGCCGUAAUGUUGUUCACAUUUUGGAAGAUAUUAAAUCAUGCAAACCGCCAGUUGAUCAUAUUUGUGAAAUCUUACCACGUCUUCAGCCACGUUACUAUUCGAUUUCAUCAUCGGCCAAACUCUAUCCGACAACAGUGCAUGUUACCGCUGUACUUGUGCAAUACGAAACCAAAGCCGGACGAAUAAACAAAGGUGUAGCAACAACAUAUUUGGCUGCACGCCAUCCAGAUGAUUCAAGUGAACCACAAAAAGUGCCUGUAUUUAUCCGAAAGAGUCAAUUCCGUUUGCCAAACAGAACUGAAACACCGGUUAUUAUGAUUGGACCGGGUACUGGUUUGGCACCGUUCCGAGGUUUCAUUCAAGAACGUGAUCUAUGCCGUCGUGAUGGAAAAAGGGUCGGUGACACCAUCUUGUAUUUCGGUUGCCGUAAGAAGAGCGAAGAUUACAUUUACGAAGAGGAAUUGAAUGAGUAUGUACAAAAUGGUACGCUUAAAAUGCGAACUGCCUUCUCAAGAGAUCAACCCGAAAAAGUCUAUGUCACAAAUCUUCUGCGAGAAGAUACUGAACUUGUGUGGGAUGUCAUUGAUCAUAAGGGUCACAUAUAUAUUUGCGGUGACGCUAAGAAUAUGGCCACUGACGUUAGGAACAUUCUACUAAAUAUCAUUAAAACCAAAGGAAACAUGGAUGAUGCGAGUGCUUUACAAUAUUUGAAGAGAAUGGAAGCACAAAAACGAUACUCGGCCGAUGUUUGGAGUUAAACUCUCGCAUUCAACCAUUACACUAAAUUAAUAAUAUAAAAGUAUAUUUUUAUAUAAUUUUUAAAUUCGAAUAAAUAUUCAAUUCAUUCUUUUUCCGUGGUUAACA